ACACAUAAGUUUUUUUUUGGUUUCAAAAUGAACCCUGAGAAAGAAGCAACAAUCACAUGCAAUCACGAAAUCAAAUGUUGUAUUAAUUCAAAAGUCAAAACACAUUAAAGGACUCACACGUGAGUUAGCAGCCACAGAGCUGGCAGUCAUUUUGUAUACAUAUUAUAUAAUAAUAACCAUAAUAUAUAUUAUUUCUCUUUCCCCUUCCACCAUCGACGCUGAUCCAUGAUCAAUCCCAGCAUAGAUCAGAGACCUUUAGUUAAGGGUUCUGUUUCUCUGGAAAACAAAAUCAACAAUAUAAUAUUAUUUUUCCUAAUCAAAGAUGAUAUCCUCCUACAUCAAAGAUGUUCAUAACAUUAUUAUUACCAAAAAUUGAGAUUUCACCUUACUAUAUCCCAAAUAUUAUUCAUACUAACAAUUCCAUUCGCCUAUUAAUAGCACACACACACAUAAAUAUAUACUAAUAUUAUUUAUAUAUAGAAGGACCACUUUUUCGAUUUAUCUUGCCUUUUAAGUACACUCUCCUCUUCCCUUAUUUUACUAUUGUCUUUCCCUUCUAUUUCCCCCUCUGAUCUCUCUCUCUCUCUCUCUCUCUCUCUCUCUCUCUCUCUCUCUCUCUCCUAAACUUCAUCGCCAUAGCUAUCCGAAGAGAUCAGCAUGCGAGCUUGAAUGUCCAGAGAAAGGGAGAGAUUUGAUGAAAUAGGAAAGAAGAUAAAGAGAGAAUAUUCAGCAUCAUCAUCAUCAUCAACAUCAACAGAUGCAGGGGGAGGCCAUAAUCAUCAUCAUCAACAACAACAGCAACAAAUGGGAAGAAGACACAUGUUGGGUCCUCCAGGAACCCUAAACACCAUUACUCCAUGCGCCGCCUGUAAGCUCUUGAGACGAAGAUGUGCCCAAGAGUGUCCUUUCUCUCCUUACUUCUCUCCCCAUGAACCCCACAAGUUUGCUUCCGUCCACAAAGUCUUUGGAGCCAGCAACGUCUCAAAGAUGCUUAUGGAGGUGCCGGAGAAUCAAAGAGCAGAUGCAGCAAAUAGCCUUGUUUAUGAAGCUAACGUGAGACUAAGAGAUCCGGUAUACGGAUGCAUGGGUGCAAUUUCGGCUUUGCAACAACAAGUUCAAUCUUUACAAGCUGAGCUUAAUGCGGUCAGGGCUGAGAUACUUAGAAACAAAUAUAGAGAUCAUCAACCUAAUAAUAAUAAUAACAAUCAUAAUAAUAAUAAUAAUAAUAUAACUCCUAAUUCUACUACUUCUUCUUCUUCUCUUCAUCAUCAUCUUCAACAACAUCUUGCUUUGCUAUCUUCUUCUUCUUCUAAUAAUAAUUCUCAUGGGGCGGCUGUUUCGGUUGCUGCUCUACCGCCGGUGGGAGCCAUACCACAACCACCACCACAACAACCGCCUCCACUGUCUCAAAUAUCCACAGUACAAUCUCUUCCUAUUGCUACUACUACUACUUCCUCCUCCUCUUCUAUGUACACGCAAAUUACUACGGCUGAUCAGGAUUAUAACACUAUUUCAAGUGAAAAUGUUCCCUUUUUUGGUUAAUUAAUUAUUAUUCACGAUAUAUACCUAUUUAUUUAUUUAUAUAUAUCCCCCCAUUUUCUAUAUUAAUUAUAUUAUGAAUAACCACUGAAAUAAAAACAAGGAACAUAUAAUUCGGUCGGAUUCAUUGGGCUUAAUUAUAUGUAUAUAUUCAGUCCA